ACUCAGCAUGGCAGAGAGGGAUAACGAGGAUGAGAGAGGGGCGAUGAGGAAUCAAGAGAGAGAGAGAGAGAGAGAGAGAGAGAGAGAGAGAGAGAGAGAGAGAGAGAGAGAGAGAGAGAGAGAGAGAGAGAGAGAGAGAGAGAGAGAGAGAGUGAGAGAGAGUGAGAGCAGAGAGAGAGAGAGAGAGAGAGAGAGAGAGAGAGAGAGAGAGAGAGAGAGAGAGAGAGAGAGAGAGAGACGAUGACGCAGAACUGGGAGGGCCGACGC